AUGGGUUCUGUUGAUAAAACUUUGUUUCUCCUCAAGCAAGGCACUGACACUCUUUUGGUUCAGAUAUACGUGGAUGAUAUCAUUUUCGGUGGCUCUUCUCAUGCACUUGUUGGCAAGUUUGCAGAAACUAUGAGCAAGGAAUUUGAGAUGAGCAUGAUGGGCGAGUUGACGUUCUUUCUUGGUUUGCAAAUCAAGCAAACUAGAGAAGGGACAUUUGUGCACCAAGGCAAGUACACCAAGGACGUACUCAAGAAAUUCGAUAUGGGCGAGGCCAAGCCUCUCUCGACGCCCAUGUCAACCACGACGGCCCUGGAUGCAGAUGAAGAAGGAGAAGCUGUGGACCAGAAGGAGUACCGAAGCAUGAUCGGGUCACUGCUGUACCUGACGGCGACAAGACCUGACAUCCAGUUCGCGGUCUGCUUGUGUGCGCGCUUUCAGUCUUCGCCGCGCACAUCUCAUCGUCAAGCCGUCAAGCGGAUCUUGAGGUACCUUCGUUUCACACCUGAGUUUGGUCUUUGGUUUUCAGCUUCCUCCUCUCUUUCUCUUUGCGGCUAUUCUGAUGCGGAUUAUGCCGGCUGCCGUGUUGAGCGCAAGUCCACGUCGGGGACUUGCCAGUUUCUUGGGACUUCUCUUGUGUCUUGGUCCUCUCGCAAGCAAUCCUCUGUUGCUCAAUCCACCACAGAAGCCGAGUAUGUUGCUGUUGCUGCUUGCUGCUCCCAGUUGCUUUGGAUGAUAGCUACUUUGAGAGACUUUGGGUGUGGAGUCUGGAUGCGGUGGCAGCGGUCGGGUGAAGGUCAAGUAGGGCGUGCCGUGCUGACGGACCGGUUGCGGUGA